CAGUCGACACCAAUGAAUGAUAUAAAAGAGAAGGCACAACAACAUUCCCAUUGAUUCAUUCUCCUGAUGGAAAAAUUGCAAAAUCCCCACGAGUCUAUCUCAUAACGGUACACAGAACACAACAGAAUCCCAUGGUUCUACGCAACCGAAAGAUUAGCUCAAACACAAGUUGCUGACAUGUUCUUUUCCUCACACAUGUUUAUGUUUUUUCUUUUCUUGAUUUUCCAUUCAAUUUCCCUCAUCAAUUAGGUAACACUUCACCCUCUUGCUGAAUCAGAUUCACCCUGUGAUAACUCUAGGGUUGUACCUAUAUCCUUGUCUUUCAAGGUGCAAAGUCUCAAUCCUUUUUGUAAAAUUUUCAAAGUACAAAUCAGAGUUUGCAUGACCCUGCUCUGUUUUUUCUUCCUCUGUUUUGCUUCAAAAGGAAUGGGUUCAGUUCUAAAGUGCCUUCAAGAUGUUUGUGUAAAUUACCCUCUUGGUUUUUAGUGAGUAUGGGUUCUCAGAAAGGUUUUUUCCAUAGAAAGAUGGAAAUUUUUUCUGGGUAUUUUGGGGUGUUUCUUUGGGUUUUCACCAAAGUGUUCAUGAGAUUCUAUAGCCCUGAAGCAAUGAACUCUGUUUGUUCUUCUAAAUUUUCCCAUGAAAAUCAACUAAUUGAGUUGAAUCAUUCUGAGCCAAAAACUGAGGAUGAAGCUGGAUUUUCUGAUUCUUCCAGAGAUACCUUAUUGGAGUCUGAAAAUUCUGGGGCAUUUUCUGAUGCUCUAUCACAUGAAAGUAAUGAAAUUGAGUCUAAUGGGUGCCAGCCAAUGGCAGAAGCCAUGAAAGAUUGUUGUUCUGAAACUGCUAUUGAUGGUAGCGGGAAUCCUGGCCUUGAAGAAGAGGAGACAAGUAAGCUGGUUUUCAAGUUCCAAUACCAGAGUUGGAAUUGCAACUUCAAUGAAGAACUCAAGGGAGAUUAUCAUGAAAGUAGUGAUUUUGUGGAGAGGGAUACUGUUUCUGCAAGUGCCAACAAGUAUGAGUUUUUCUCUGGCAAGAGUUUUAGCCACUUCUUGGAAGAACCUGAGACUGCAAAUUUGACUGUUGAAGAGUUUCAUGUUCAUUCAAAUGAUGAGUUUCCAUUGGAGAAUCAGGUUACCAAUGAUUCUGAGGGUAAACUCAUGCCAGAAAAUUGUGAAGGGGUUGUUGAUGCAGAAAAUCAUGACAAUGUCACAGAAAGUGUACACAAAGAGGAGGUGUCAUUAGAGAAGCUCAAGACUGUGUUAUCUGUAGAACAACAAUCUUUGCAACCUGUUACGCGUAAUUUUCUUUCAGAAGAUGAUUUUAUUUGUUCAAGUUCUGAUUCAGAUUCUGUCACUUCUAUGGAUGAUGGGUUUUUAUCAGACACGGACUUUGGAACCACUACUGAGAUUGACACAUUGGGAAACAAUGAAGAAGAAAAUGCAGGGCUAACAGAAGAAGAUUUGGACUUUUGGGAUGAGAAUUUGGAUAUUGGAUAUGAACCUGAUGAUUUUGCUGAAGAAGAUGAAGAUAUAAUGGAAGAAUUAGGAAAAAUAGAAGAAGAGUGUAGGCUUGAGAAAUCUUCAGGGGACAGUUUUCAAGAUAGCAUCAAGUCCAAACCUGAAAAUUCUGUGGAACCCAAUUCACUGAAUUUAACAGCUAAUGAUCUUGAGGAUUCUAACCGGUUUGACACACUGUGGGAGCAUCAAGAUUUGAUAGAACAGCUCAAGAUGGAGCUGAAGAAGGUUAGGGCAACUGGUUUACCUACCAUCCUUGAGGAUUCUGAGUCUCCAAGGAUAAUGGAGGAUUUGAAGCCAUGGAAAAUUGAUGAAAAAUUCCAGCAUGGCAGUACCAAAAAUGAGCUUCCAAAAUUCUACAAGAGUUACAGAGAACGAAUGCGGAAAUUCGAUAUCUUGAAUUACCAGAAGAUGUAUGCUUUAGUUUCUUGGAAACUUGCAGGUUUCCUACAGUCAAAGGACCCACUCCAAUCCUUUUCAACUCACAAGAGCCCUUCUCCACCAAUCACAAGCAUUCUCCCUCUUCCACGCGGCUUUCACAUUUACAGACGUAGAAAAAUUGAAGCAGCUCAUGACCCCACGAAGAAGUUCAUGAGAGAAUUGUACUGUGACUUGGAAACGGUUUAUGUGGGACACUUGUGCCUUUCUUGGGAAUUUCUUCAGUGGGAAUAUGGAAAGGCAUUGGAAUUAUGGGAAUCUGACGGGUACGGUAUGAGAAGGUUCAAUGAAGUAGCUGGAGAGUUUCAACAGUUCCAAGUGCUUCUACAAAGAUUUAUGGAGAAUGAACUUUUCCAGUGUCCGAGGGUUGAAAAUUAUGCUAGGAAUCGUUGUGCCAUGAAGAAUCUUCUUCAAGUUCCAGUAAUAAGAGAAGACAACGCCAAGGAUAAAAAGAAGUACAGAGAAAGAGAGGCUGAUAAGGAUGCCAUCACAAGCGGCAUGCUAGUAGAAGUUUUGGAAGAAUCAAUCAGAACAAUUUGGCGUUUUAUAAGAGCCGAUAAAGAUGCAUCUAGCUUGAAAGGUGCAAGAGAAAAGCAAGUAGAGCUACAAGACCCUUCAGAUUCUGAACUUCUAGUGGAGAUUCGAACAGAGCUUGAAAAGAAGGAAAAGAGACUGAGAGAGCUUCUGAGGAGUGGAUGCUGCAUAUUGAAGAAGUUCCAAAAGCACCAUGAAGAUGGGACGGAUCAAGUGCUUUACUUCUUCUCUCAAGUGGAUAUGAAAUUGGUUUGGAGAGUGUUGAACAUGUCAAGGAUAACAACGGAUCAACUAGCAUGGUGUCGUAGUAAAUUAAACAAGAUCAAUUUUGUAAACAGAAGGAUACAAGUAGAACCAUCAUUCUUACUUUUUCCUAGUUAGUAGUCAAUUACAAGCUUAGUACAUAGGCUUUAGAAUGUCAUUAUCGAAAUAGAAAAGAAAAUUUUCAUACAGCCAUAGUAUCUUUUUAGAUGAUUAUAUGAAUUUAAAACGAAUUGAAUUGAA